UUUCGCCUAUCCGCUCGGAUUCUCACGGUCGGCUUCCCCUCAAUCAUUCACCUCCCUCCCUCAUCCCAUCUUACUUUUGUAAGAUCUCUGGUCUAUACCUGGUAAGCCUUCAUUCGUCCUCCCCAGAUACUUUCCCUCAUCGUGUCACGUCUGCGUUGUUACUGCUUCUUUGUUUGGGGGCCGUUGUCAGCCUUCCCCACCCCAUUUGCCUGCUCCACGUCCGUCCUAUUCACUAUCUAAGCACCCAUCUGCAUGCUGUGUUUGUUCGUCAAGAGAUCGAUCACAGCCGGUUGCUGUGACUACACUUGAUCAGAAUGACGACUAUGGAUCUGCGUGUCGGUAACAAAUACCGCAUUGGCCGCAAGAUCGGCAGCGGUAGUUUCGGUGAUAUCUACCUUGGCACCAACAUCAUUUCCGGCGAGGAGAUCGCUAUCAAGCUCGAAAGUGUCAAGGCCAAGCACCCCCAGCUCGAAUACGAGGCCCGUGUCUACAAGUCUCUGGCCGGUGGUGUCGGGAUUCCUUUCGUGCGUUGGUUCGGUACCGAGUGUGACUACAAUGCUAUGGUCAUCGACCUGCUCGGUCCCAGUCUGGAGGACCUUUUCAACUUCUGCAACCGCAAGUUCUCGCUGAAGACGGUGCUCCUUCUCGCCGAUCAGCUCAUCUCUCGUAUCGAGUACAUCCACGCCAAGUCUUUCAUCCACCGUGAUAUCAAGCCCGACAACUUCCUCAUGGGUAUCGGCAAGCGUGGUAACCAGGUCAACGUGAUUGAUUUUGGUUUGGCCAAGAAGUACCGCGACCCGAAGACUCACUUCCACAUUCCCUACCGCGAGAACAAGAACCUCACUGGAACUGCUCGUUACGCCAGUAUCAACACUCACUUGGGUGUCGAGCAGUCCCGCCGUGAUGACAUGGAGUCUCUCGGCUAUGUCAUGCUCUACUUCUGCCGCGGUACUCUGCCCUGGCAGGGCCUGAAGGCUGCUACCAAGAAGCAGAAGUACGACCGUAUCAUGGAGAAGAAGAUGACUACCCCUACCGAGGUUCUGUGCCGUGGUUUCCCCAACGAGUUCUCCAUCUAUCUCAACUACACUCGUUCCCUGCGUUUCGAUGACAAGCCGGAUUACUCAUACCUCCGCAAGAUCUUCCGCGACCUUUUCGUUCGCGAGUCCUUCCAGUAUGACUACGUCUUCGAUUGGACCGUCUACAAGUAUCAGAAGAAUGCCGCCAUGAUCGUGGACGCCAACAAGAAGGACAAGGAGGCCGAGGAGCAGCAGCGCCGCCAGGGUGUUGCUGCUGCUGCACCCAUGGGUACUCCGGGUGUUGCCGCCAAGCCCGGUGCUAUCUCCAGCCAGCGCCGCAAGGUCAUCGAACGUGGAACUCUUGACAACACCCCGGACACCAACCGUGCUGUCGGAGGGAGUGACAGGAUGUGAGUAUCUGAAACCUAGGUUCCGUUGUAGGGAACCCCUUUCCUCUGCGUUUGGUUCUUUGCUAUGACCCUGCACGUAGAGGUCGACUUGAAUUCUGGAAUCUGACUAAUCUCAUAGUCUUCGGCGUUAGGCUGCGUUCUGCUUCAAGGGUUGCUGCUUCAGGUGCUUUUGCCGCCCGUAGCCGUACGAAGCAGGACGAUGGGUACGGUGCUCAGUGGUACUGAUCUGUGCGACCUAGCAGUGUAGCUUGAUCUUUUCUCUCGGGAUUCCGUUCAGCUUCCUGCGUGUUGACACUGUUCUAUAUCUAUCCUGAGGAGCCCAGGCUUAUCGACGAUACUGGUGACCUUUUGCAGCCUGCAGUCAACCUUUCGGACUCAUUCGCCAGGGGGUGUUCCCCUUUACCAAUCUUUCUUUACUACUUUCCUUACUGCAUUCUCUGUUGGCCCGUUA